AAAAAAAAUCUCGUUGACAUUAAAAAUUUAUUUUUUUAAGAGUAAUCUGGCCAAGAGUACAGCAACAAAUAUAACAAUAGUUCUGUAAACAUAUUUUAAGUGGACAAAAAGGACGGGAUUGGUUAAGUACAAUAAGACAGAGUUAUAAGGAUACUUGAAAAACAGGUAAUUUGUAAAUUUUAUAUAUAGGGGAGAGUGAGGUAAGAUGAGCCAGUGGGUAAGUUGAACCACCCCUUGUAUCUAGGUAACUGUGUUCAUGUUUUGUCAUGUGACCAUAAAUCCAGGAAGCACUCAUCAUUUCCAUCCUGCUAUAUUAAAGAGGAGCACAUUGGAGAAGGGGUAAGUCUGUAUUACACAAAAAAAUGUUUUCUGCUUGUCAAAGUAAAAUUUCUGCAUAUCAGGUAAAUUGACUGUAAUAUUAAAACAAAUGUAUCUGUGUCUAAAAUGAUAUAUUAUACAUGUUGGUGGGUUUCUAAAAUAUAAUAUCAUCUGAAGAAGUUUUCUAAAGAUUAGCCUAAAUUGCUAAACUAGCCCAUUUUUUUCAAAAUGGUGGCUAUGGGGCAAAGUGAGCCAAAGGCUAUGGGGUAAAUUGAUCCAAUGGUUCAACCUACCCCACCAUAAGGCACUGAAAUUUAUUUAAGGCUCUGACUUAUUAAAUAGUAUUUUAGUUCAGUAUACUGAACCCUUUUGUUGUAUUUGUCAUAUGUUAACUAUUAUAGAAAAGAUAUCAUGCCAAGGACCUACAGACGGAAGACCAGCUGGGGCUCAACACCCCUGGAGGAGAUUGAAAGGGCAGCGAGUGAAGUCAAGGGAGGAAAGUCCAUAAGAUCAGUGGCUAAAGAAAGACAAAUUGACAGGUCAACACUCAGGAGAUAUAUUAAAAAGAGGGACACACAGGAGGUCAGAUCGGUUGGCUAUAGUGGAACAGCUUCAGCAAAGAGAGUCUUCUCUGAGGAGGUGGAGAAGGAGCUAGCAGAGCAUAUCAAGAAGCUUGCAGAGCAGUUCCAUGGCAUUUCCCCAAAGAAAUGCCGUGAACUGGCAUUAGAAUUGGCAGGCAGAAACAACAUUCCUACUCCCAGCAACUGGACAGAGAAAGGUUUAGCCAGUAGGAAGUGCAAGAAACAACAUUUCAGUAGGUUGGCACAGACUAAUGUAUUUUGUGUAGUUUACUACUUUACCAUUACAUUUUUUAGGUAAAGAAUGGUUCAAGAAUUUUUUGGCACGCCACCAUCUCUCUUGCCGUAUGCCUGAGGCAACAUCUUUGGGAAGAGCUACAGCCUUCAAUAAGACUACAGUUGGGGAGUUCUUUGACAAUCUGGCUAAAGUGAUCGACAGGUAUAAAUUCCCCCCAAACAUGAUUUUUAAUGUUGACGAAACAGGUGUAACAACAGUACAGACACCAAAGCAGGUAGUGGCAGAAAAAGGAAAAAAACAAGUGGGCUCCAUCACAUCUGCUGAAAGAGGCGAACUGGUGACUGUAGUCUGUGCUGUCAAUGCGACUGGUAACGCAGUCCCUCCGAUGUUUAUCUUCCCAAGAGUUAGAUACAAAGACCACUUCAUUGCAGGAGCACCUCCGGGAUCAAUUGGUACCACUACAAGAUCAGGCUGGAUCAGUGAAGAUGUCUUUGUUGUGUUCCUUGAACAUCUGGUUCAGCAGACCAAGUGCUCCCCUGACCUGCCACUGCUGCUAAUCAUGGAUAACCAUGAAGCCCACAUUUCACUGAAGGCUUUGGACAUAGCAAAAACAAGUGGUAUUGUAAUGCUCACAAUUCCACCCCACACUUCCCAGGCCUUCAGCCUCUGGAUAAGUGUGUGUAUGGUCCAUUUAAAACCUAUUACAACAGAGCUCUUGAUGGCUGGAUGAGGUCCAACCCAGGCAAAACUGCCAGCAUAUACCAAAUUGCUGGUUGUGUGAAUGAUGCUUUCAUGUCAGCAAUGACACCAUGAAAUAUCUCCUCGGGAUUUAGAGCCACUGGGAUUUUCCCUUACAACAGAGAUAUCUUCUCUGAUGCAGAGUUUGAGCCAUCCAUGGUGUCAGACAGGCCCAACCUGGAGCAGCAGCCUGCUGCUGAAGGUGUUGCACCUGUGGUUUCAGCCUCUCUUUCUGCUGAGCUACCUUCACCAGACCCUGUACAUGCAUGUGGUUCACGAAGUGACCCCAACCAUGCUCGAUAUGUGUCUCCCACUGAUAUUCUACCCUUACCCAAAAGUCAGCAGCCCAGGAAACAAACAAAUCGAAAGCGUGUGAAGACACGAAUCCUGACUGAUACACCUGAAAAGCAGGCAAUUGAGAGAGCCCAUGAAGAAAGGACAAAUAAACUGAAAGGCAAAAAAGAAAUAAUCCACAAAAAGCAAGGAAUGUGGAAGAGGAAACAAACCCAGACAAAAAUUGCAGUGGAAAGCAGCUCUGAGGAGAGUGAUGUUCCCAUCCCAUUUGAAGACACUUCUGAGUAUGAGAGUUCCAGCGAUGAAAGAAGUGAACCAGAUGUCUCAGACCUGGUAGUUGGUGACUUUGUCAUCGUAAGAUUUGCAUCCAAAUCCAGGAGCCACCAUUACAUUGGCCUGGUUGACAGCUUUGCAGACAACGAAGUGAGUGCCAGAUUUCUCAGAAGAAUCCGAGGGAUCACUAGCAGUAAGAAACCCACGUUUGUGUUCAAGGAAAAUGAUGAGGCAUCUUUCCCACGCAAGGAUGUGCUGAAGAAGCUACCUCAACCUCAACAGGCUGGAGGAACUGCAAGGAGGGAGCAACAGUUCAUAUUCCCCUGCAACCUUGAUCAUUGGAAUAUUGAAUAGUUCUUUUGAAUAAAUGGUUUUGAACUGGUGGUUUGUUUAGAAACCACCAGUUUCCAGGUUUGUUCUCACAGGUUUACAACUGUUAAAAUGGUUUGUUUUCACAAUAUGAUCAGUUUUACAUUUUAAAAACUACAUGGUCAGUUUGCCCCAAGAUGGCUCAGUUUACCCACUGACUAGGUUCAAUUUACCCCUAAUCUGGGGCAAGUUGAGCCAAAGGAGCAUUUUUUUUUAAUAGGUCAUUAUUUUGGGCAGCGUCAUCAGACAUAGAUUCUGAUCAUUACAUUUGAAAGGAGACAUCCUGAAAUAAAGGAAUAUGUUAUCAUUCUA